AUGGGCAUAUGCGGACUUUUAGGCCUGCUAAAGCCCAUACAGACCACAAAGCAUCUGUCUGACUUCGCGGGGCAGACACUUGCCCUCGAUGCGUAUGUCUGGUUGCACCGAGGGAUUCAUACUUGUGCCACUGAGCUUGCUACAGGGAAGAGUACUAAAAAGUACGUUGACUACGCGAUGCAACGCAUUCGACUCCUCCGCCAUCAUAAGAUACAACCUUAUGUCGUGUUCGACGGCGGGCCAUUGCCCGCCAAACGAAGUACAGAGAGGGACCGCAAACAGAGAAGGGAGGAGAAUUUAGCGAAGGCCAAAGCUCUGGCUGCAGAGGGAAAGCACUCCCAAGCUCGAGAAUUCUAUGGCAAAUGUGUGGAUGUAACACCCCAAAUGGCGUUCCAACUUAUCAAGGCACUCCGAGCAGAAGGGGUACAAUACAUUGUUGCGCCUUACGAAGCAGAUGCCCAGAUGGCUUACCUGGAGCGCAUAGGGCUCGUCGACGGUAUUAUCACAGAAGAUUCUGAUCUGCUAGUAUUCGGAUGCCGCAACGUUUUGUUCAAGUUCGAUUUCGCGUCUAGCACAGUUGCUUACGUUUCCCGGGCAGACUUUGGUUCAAUAACCGCUGCAGAGGGAGGAAUCUCUCUUGUGGGCUGGACGGAUACCCAAUUUCGAGCUAUGGCAAUCCUCAGUGGCUGCGACUACCUUCCCAGUAUUCCUGGUAUUGGAUUGAAAACUGCGUGGUCGCUACUUCGGAAACAUCGUUCUAUUGGACAAGUCGCACGUGCAUUGAGAUUGGAGGGCAAAAAAACCGUUCCAAAAGAUUAUCUGGAGGCUUUCAGACUGGCCGAAAAGGUAUUCUUGCAUCAACGAGUUUACUGUCCACUGCAGGAAAAGCUCGUCAAUCUCACGGACAUACCCGUGGAGGAACGUUACGAUGCUGAGGUAGAGGCAUUUAUCGGCAGGUGUUUGACGAGUCGUCUAAUAUUCAUACUCUGUUACUAA